AUGGCUGGAGGUCAAAAGAAAUCGACCAAAAAGUUCGAGAAGAAGCAUCUGAAGGAUGUGCUCGAACGUCGGAAAUCGUUUGCGAAGAUCAAGCAGCGCAAUCACCUCAAAGAUAAGCGCAAGGCUGACAAUGCCAAAGUGAGAGCGGAGGCGGAGGAGGGCGACGAGGAGGGUCGCGAGCAGGAGAAGAAGAAGCAGAACGCCUUCGCGGAAAUGAACGUGGACGACUUCUUUUCCGGCGGAUUCGACAUUGCAGACUCCGAUGCUGGCAAGGGCAAGAAAAAGGCACAGAAGAAGGAUGUCACCCCGAAGAUUGGGAAGCGCAAGCGAUCGGAAGAGCAGAAGGAUGAUGAAGAAGCCUCUGAGGAUUCCAGUAGCGAGGAAGAAGACGGGCCGGCUGCUCAAAGCGACGACGACGAGGGAUCCGAUGCCAGCGGAGCGGACGACUUUGAGGCGCACAAGGGCCAGCUGGAAGCUCUGAAGGAAAAGGACCCGGAGUUCUACAAGUACCUGCAAGAAAACGAUUCGGAACUGCUUGAUUUCGGUGAUCACGGGGACCUGGCGGAAGUCGACGAGCUGAGUGAAGAGGAGGAUGAAGGCCCCGCCAAGAAGAAGAAGAAGGCCCAGAAGGACGAAGAGGAAGAAACAACGAGCAAUACGAUAACAAUCGCAAUGGUCAAGAAGUGGCAGAAAUUGAUGGAAGAACAGAACUCUAUCCGGGCAAUGCGACAAGCCGUUCUUGCUUUCCGUGCUGCGGCCUACGUGAACGAAGUGGAAGCCCAAGAGCAAAAAUACUCGAUCUCGGACCCGGAAGUGUACCACCGGGUUCUUGUCACAGCUCUCAGCAAUAUUCCGAAGGUCCUUUCGCAUCAUCUUCCGGUCAAGGAGACCGCGUCCGGCAAAGUCAAGCUGUCUCUCGAUUCGAAGAAGUUCAAGACCCUCACGCCUCUCAUCAAGUCGCACACCUCCUCCGUCCAUCAGCUGCUCACGAAUCUGUCCGAUGAAUCGACUCUCAAACUGACUCUCUCUUCCGUCGAGCCUAUGCUUCCCUAUCUCCUCCAGUUCCGGAAGCUCCUCAAGGUUCUUGUGAAGACGAUCGUCGCAAUCUGGGCUGACGUCGCUACCGCGGAAGCCACUCGUAUCACAGCAUUCCUUCUGCUGCGGCGAUUGAUGGUGAUUGGCGAUUCUGGGCUGAAGGAGUCUGUCCUCAAGGCCUCCUACGAGGGCGUUGUGAAGGGCAGCCGAAACACCACUGUGCACACUCUCCCCGGUGUGAACCUGAUGAAGAACUCGGCUGCCGAGCUCUGGGGCAUCGACCAGAAUGUCUCCUACACCGCAGGCUUCAACUUCAUCCGCCAACUCGCUAUUCACCUCCGCAGCAGCAUCACCAACACCUCCAAGGAGUCCUACAAGACCAUCUACAACUGGCAAUACGUCCACUCGCUCGACUUCUGGUCCCGUGUCCUCUCCCAGCAUUGCGAUGGCCUCGUCGAGGCCAAGGCCGGCAAGCAGUCCGCUAUGCGUCCUCUCAUCUACCCCGUUGUCCAGAUCACCAUCGGUGCGAUGCGCCUCAUUCCCACGGCGCAAUACCUCCCCCUUCGUUUCCAGAUGAUCCGAUCUCUCCUCCGUCUCUCCCGAUCCACGGGAACCUACAUUCCCCUCGCCUCCGCGCUCGUCGAGGUUCUCAACCUCGCCGAGAUGCGCAAGCCCCCUAAAUCCAGCACUCUCAAACAACUCGACUUCAACACGACGAUCCGCACGCCGAAAUCCUACCUCCGCACGCGCGUUUACCAAGACGGCGUCGGCGAGCAAGUUGCCGAGCUCCUCUCCGAGUUCUUCGUUCUAUGGACCAAGCACAUCGCUUUCCCCGAACUCUCUGUUCCGGUCGUCGUCUCCCUGAAGCGCUGGCUGAAACAGGCCAGCUCGCGCUCCGGCGGCAACAAGAACGCCAAGGUCAACCAGAACAUCCUGCUUCUGGUGCAGAAGGUCGAGACCAACGCCAAGUGGAUCGAGCAGCGCCGACUCAGCGUCACGUAUACCCCCCGAAGCCGGGCGGAGGUGGAGACCUUCCUGAAGGACGUGGACUGGGAGGCGACCCCGCUGGGCGCGUUCGUCAAGUCGCAGCGGAAAAUGCGUGAGGAGCGAGCCAUCCUCAUGGAGCAAUCACGACGUGAGGAAGAGAAGCGGAGAGCCGAGGAUAAGGAAGCCGACAAGGACGUGUACAUGGAUGAGGGUGCGGUUAGUGCUGACGACGACGAUGAUGAAAGUGACGGCGAGGAGGAUGGCGAGGAUGCGGAUUCCUCCGGCGACGAGAACGAGGAAGAGGAGGAGGAGGAGGAAGAAGAAGAUGAAGACGAGGACGAAAUCGAGAUGGAAGACGAGUAA